CGCCGCCGCCGAGGCCCGGAGAGUGACUGGAGUCAGCGAGCGGACGGCGGGCGCUGGGCUGCGGGCUGUGCGCGCCGCGCGGGCUGCUGGGCCGCGCACCUUCCUGCUCUUCGGCCUCGGCGCCCUCGGACAUGGUGGCCCCCGGCUCGGUGGGCAGCCGGCUGGGCGCGGUGUUCCCGUUCCUGCUGGUCCUGGUGGACCUGCAGUACGAAGGUGCUGAAUGUGGAGUAAAUGCAGAUGUGGAGAAACAUCUUGAAUUGGGAAAGAAGUUACUGGCAGCUGGACAGCUGGCUGAUGCUUUAUCCCAGUUUCAUGCUGCAGUAGAUGGUGACCCUGAUAACUAUAUUGCAUACUACAGGAGAGCUACUGUCUUCUUAGCGAUGGGAAAAUCCAAAGCAGCACUGCCUGAUUUAACUAAAGUGAUUGAAUUGAAGAUGGACUUCACUGCAGCGAGAUUACAGAGAGGCCACUUACUGCUCAAACAAGGAAAACUGGAUGAAGCGGAAGAUGAUUUUAAGAAAGUGCUCAAAUCUAAUCCAAGUGAAAAUGAAGAGAAGGAAGCCCAGUCUCAGCUUGUAAAAUCUGAUGAGAUGCAGCGUUUACGCUCACAAGCGCUUGAUGCUUUCCAAAGUGCCCACUAUACUGCUGCUAUAACCUUCCUUGAUAAGAUUUUAGAGGUUUGUGUUUGGGAUGCAGAAUUACGUGAACUUCGAGCUGAGUGUUUUAUAAAGGAAGGAGAACCUAGGAAAGCCAUCAGUGACUUAAAGGCUGCUUCAAAAUUGAGGAAUGAUAACACGGAGGCAUUUUACAAAAUCAGCACACUCUACUAUCAACUAGGAGACCAUGAGUUAUCCCUCAGUGAAGUCCGUGAAUGUCUGAAGCUUGACCAGGAUCACAAAAGAUGUUUUGCCCACUAUAAACAAGUGAAGAAGCUUAAUAAGCUGAUUGAGUCAGCUGAAGAGCUGAUCAGAGAUGGCAGAUACACAGAUGCAACCAGCAAAUAUGAAUCUGUCAUGAAGACAGAGCCCAAUGUUGCUGAGUACACAAUCCGCUCCAAAGAAAGGAUCUGUCACUGCUUCUCUAAGGAUGAGAAGCCUGUUGAAGCCAUUAGAAUAUGUUCUGAGGUUUUACAGAUGGAACCCGACAAUGUAAAUGCUCUGAAAGAUCGAGCAGAGGCCUAUUUAAUAGAAGAAAUGUAUGAUGAAGCCAUUCAGGAUUAUGAAGCUGCUCAGGAACACAAUGAAAAUGAUCAGCAGAUUCGGGAAGGUUUAGAGAAAGCCCAGCGGUUACUGAAACAGUCACAGAAACGAGAUUAUUAUAAAAUCUUGGGAGUAAAAAGAAAUGCCAAAAAACAAGAAAUCAUUAAAGCAUACCGAAAGUUAGCACUUCAGUGGCAUCCAGAUAAUUUCCAGAAUGAAGAAGAAAAGAAAAAAGCGGAGAAAAAGUUUAUUGACAUAGCAGCUGCGAAAGAAGUCCUCUCCGACCCAGAAAUGAGAAAGAAGUUUGAUGAUGGAGAAGAUCCUCUUGAUGCAGAGAGUCAGCAAGGAGGUGGUGGCAGCCCCUUCCACAGAAGUUGGAACUCAUGGCAAGGGUUCAAUCCCUUCAGCUCAGGCGGACCGUUUAGAUUUAAAUUCCACUUCAAUUAAACCAGCUCUUUUACUGCUCCUCUUCUUUAUUACUAUUAUUUUUUUAAUAUUAAAAACAAAGAAACUUUGUUUGGAAUUCGAAUGGAAACAAAACAAAACAAAACUUUUAGUUUGUCGGUGACCAAAGAAUUGUUUUAAGGAAAAAAGCUGUUCUUACUGUAGACUCGAUGCCUGCCAAGGUGGGGGGCAAGGAAUCAUACUUCUGACAAAGCAGCCUGUACUCAUCUUGUGACUGCCUGGGGAAGUGCUCUGAGGCUUUUACCCUGUGGAGGUUUUAAAUAGCAUUAAAUAUAGAUAUCCAACCCAGAGCAGACAGACUCUCUACAGCCUUGCAUAGAAACCGUGAGGAGGAGCUGUAAUCUUCAGGAGAAUGGAUUGUGUCUCAGUAUUCUUGAGAGAAUAUGAACAACUGAGCUGUAUUUUCUUAGGGACAGUUACGCUUAGAUUUUGGUCAGUCCAGUCACUUGCAAGUAUUUACUCCUGUACCAGUGUCAUCAUGGCUGUCACUGCAGGAAGGGUGGAGACCAUCUUUUAGGAACAUACUCUCACGUAGUGGUGGUAUGUCCAGGUGUUGAAUGGGCUGAAGUUGAGCAUAUAUUUUUGUUGUUGUUUUGUAUCUAUAGGAGAAUACCAAUUUCACUUGAAUUUAAUUAUAAAAACUUACAGAUCCUCCUUUAAAUGUUAAACAGAACAAGUUAAAAUGCGUAAAAAAGAGGCUCAGUGGUAUUUUAGACAAUACUGUUGGAGGUCAGUUUGAAAUACUUUUUAAACAAGUGAAGUUCCAAGUUGUUUGCUAGAAAUGAAGAGUUG